AGUCGUUAGUGCGAAGCUUGCUUUCCACUGUCUGCUGUCCACAUUACGGAAGCCAGCAGAAAAACCUUUUUGGGAGUAGGAAUACAACAAGGUCUUUAGUUUGGCCUAUGUUUCUCUGGUGAAAUCUUUAAAACAAAAUCGGACGUUGAUACUCAGGGCAGUCGAGAGACCGCAAUCGGAAACACGGUUCUUCGAUUUAGCGCUUUCAUGUGCCCAGGCUACACCCAGCUAACUCUUCAUGAAUUGAUUAAAGAUGGUGGAGAGAACGAUCCCAGUUGUUGACUUUGGAGUAAUGGGUUUAGAUCUCGAUAAGCCUCCAUCACUCGACGAAGAAUCCGUGAGGAUACUUGCAGAUCAAAUUCACAUAGCGUUUAGUACAAUUGGCUUUGUGUAUUUAACAAAUCAUGGAAUAUCUGAGAAGGAGAUUGCAGAAGUUCGCCAGGCAGGAGAUGGAUUUUUCAAUCUCUCAACUGAAGUGAAAAAGCAUUUUAUCAGACCUACAGAUGGUAAAAACUUUGGCUGGGUUUCACUAGAGAGGGAAAGUUUGAAUCCUUCUCGACCUGGUGACUUAAAGGAAGCAUUUAAUGUUUGUGAACUUCAUGAUGAAACACUGAGAUGGCCAGAUCAAGAAGUACCAGAAUUUAAGCCUGUGGUUACUUCAUUUUUCAACAAAUGCAAAGAUCUAGCAUUCAGAAUUCUGGAUGUUAUUGGCAUUGGACUCAACUUACAAGAGCCAAGCUGGCUGUCGCAAGUACAUGGUGCCAUAGGUACUUUGGGUAAUGCAACUGCCUUACGGCUAUUGCACUACCCACCCCUCCCUGACAAAUGUAGUAUAAAGCCCAGACAGGUGCGGUGUGGGGAGCAUAGUGACUAUGGCUCAAUAACACUGCUUUUUCAAGAUGAGAUUGGUGGAUUAGAGGUACUUCCAGUGGAUGGAGAAUACACUCCUGCCACACCUAUUCCUAAAACAGUGCUGGUUAAUAUUGGAGAUCUAAUGCAACGAUGGACAGCUGACAAAUUGAUCUCCACGAAACAUAGAGUACUCAUACCAGAAGAAGAGGUGAAGCAAAGAACUGUACGUCAAUCAUUAGCCUUCUUUGUUCACCCUGAUAAUGAAGUCAUGAUUGAAUGUCUUGAUGGAUCAAAGAAACAUCCUCCAAUCACAUCCAUGGGGUAUCUACAGCAGAGAUUUGCUGCAACUUAUUAACUUAGCAACAGAAAAUGAAUGAAUUAAGAAUCUUGUAGGCUUAUUAGAUGCAGCUAUAGGGUGGAAACCAUGAUCAUAUUAAUAACAAGUAUCAUGACACAUACCCUGGUGAAAAAGAUGGAUCUGACAAAAUUCUGUUCUACAAGUAAACAAUGUUUUAUUGUUUGUCUUUUCUAAUAACUGAUUUUUAUUUCCACAUACUUUUUAUUAUCAAGUUAAAUUUCAGAAAGGUUGACCAAACAUGAAAAUACUUAUUUAAUGAAAACUGAAAAAGGCUCAGAAUUAUUAAUGUCUAUAUAAUUAUGUUUUUGUUGGUAGAGAACGCAAACAAAUUAAACUUCAAUCAAAAUGAAUAAAGCAUACUGAAUCAAACACUGCGGUAUGUAAUGAAACCUUGUACCUCUAGCUUGGCUGUACCACCACAAAAUCAAUUAAUUUUUGUUCCUAGUUAACAAAAACAGUUACUUAUGUGAGUAACAAAACCCCUUAGUUUACAAACUGUCAAAGCUGUUGUCACCAACACAAAGUAACCAUGACAGCUUAGUGAUACAUCCCUCCCAAGAGUCAUGCUCCUUUACAAUUCUGUAGGAAAACAGCUUACAAGGAAAAAAAAUUACAAAGGAGAUAUGACAGCUUAAUUCUGUCGAUUACAGACAAACCUUCAUUGAACAUUCCUUAAACAGUUUAAUUGAAGAAAUUUCAAUCAUUUCUAAAGAAAAAAGAUUCCCAACCCUUUCCAUAUCAGAAAUACAAAAGUGUAAGGCAUUUUGUUAGACUCCUUUAACUACCAGUAACCCUUGAUAAAGUGCCUCUGUCCUCUCUCUAUGAUUGCAAUAAUGUCUGCAAAACUUCCCAAACUAUGAAUACUGAAAUAUAAAUAUAUAGAUAAACCUCAUCACAUUGA